CUAUGGGUGUUUUGGGGGGUUGCCGUGCACGCGCUCCAUCUUCCCCUUUGAGAAUCGUUGGAAGAGAGCGCGCGCCUCAGAACUCAACAGCUGCACACAGUGAGGACUCGCCAAGUAGAGCAAAUAUGAUUCACAUUCAAACAAUUGAAUAGGUUCCUAAUAAUCUGGACAGUGUGUACAGCAGAGGACAAUGCCGACUCACUCGUUGCUGCCGUGUUUGGAGAGCCCAGAUGAACUUGCCCAAGAUGUUCUUAUUAGUAACAAUGCAAGCAUCCCAGGGCCUGGCUCUAGCAUGACACCACACACUGCAUACUCAGAAAAGGCUGUGUUGCAAUCUGGAGGAAGUGUAUCACUAUCUUGUAUGUUCUGUGAUCAGACUUUUAGUCACCAGGAUGAGCUAGGACCCCACGUAUUAACACAGCACCCCACCACUUUCUUUGAACCAGCUGUGCUUCAAGUUGACGCCGAAUUUAGGAUCCCAGGAGAGAGGCCCCGUCCCAAACCGAGCAGUAUCCCUCCUGAAAAAGAGGAGGUUCACAGCUGUAUUGUGUGUGGUCAGGUUUCACAAGAUGCCAGUGAGCUGGAGACUCACAUGAGGAAACACAAGGACUACUUUACUUACUGCUGCAAUGUCUGUGGACGGCGGUUUAGAGAGCCAUGGUUCCUCAAGAACCACAUGAAGAUGCAUGUAAAACCGGGGGCAAAGAGCAAGGCCCAGCAAGACCUGGAGACCCCCGUCACUGUCAAUGGCAUUGUCCUAGACCCUGCUCCAGAGCCUGUAGUCACGGUUUACAAAAUGUGCAUGGUUUGUGGGUUUUUCUUCCCUGACCAUGAAAGUUUGGUUGAACAUAGUAAAGUACAUAAUCGAGAGGUGGAGCCUGGCAAAGACAAAGACAAGGAGAACAUGGAUGACACUACUGAAACUCUUGCCACACAGGAAACAUUUCUUCGCAGUCUAAGACUUCAGCCUCGCUCUACAGGAAAUAGUUUGCAACAUGAGAGAUCAUCAAAAUGGAUUCCCCAGCUAGAUCCCUUCAACACAUAUCAGGCUUGGCAACUUGCUACAAAGGGCAAGAUAGCAGUUGGUCCUAAUACUACUAAAGAUGUUGGCCAGGAAGCCAGCACAGACAAUGAAGAAUGUGGCUCUGAUAAGGAGGAGUUGAAUAAUAUUUGGUCUGAGGGACAAGGAGACAAAGUUACAAAAGAUGUCCUUGGGAGAGAGCUCCGGUCUCAGCAGCAGACUGUUGGAGAAAACCCAGAACCACAGCGGAGGUCUCUGAUGCAAAAAGAUAAGGACAAAGAAAGGCCAACCACUUGUGAGGAAUGUCAGAGAACCUUCAGGACCUACCACCAGUUAGUUCUCCACUCCAGAGUCCACAAGCGUGAGAGGGGUGGUGAAGAGAGUCCAACUUCUGUUGAUGGGAAGUUGUCGAGAGCAGGGUCACUUGAGCAUGCAGAGGAAGGCUCUGAGGAGGGCUUUGAGGAAGCAACAUUGACAGAAAACCUGGGUCCAGGUGAAGAUGGUUUUGAUCGAUCAAAGGUCCGAUCAAAAGGAUGCAGUUACUGUGGCAAAUCAUUCCGAUCAAGCUACUACCUCACAGUUCAUCUGAGGACUCACACAGGUGAAAAACCCUUCAAGUGUGCUUACUGUGACUACGCUGCAGCCCAGAAGACUUCCCUAAAAUAUCACCUGGACCGGCGUCACAAGGACAAACCUUACACGGACAUUCCCAGCAGACCUGUGCCUUUAGUGCCCUCCCCUAAUGACGGAAAACAUGGAAAUGAACAUCCUGCUCCAAAUAGAUCCAAACUCUGGGUUCCUGGCAGAUCAUGUCCCAGUGGAGAACCAGAGGACACAUUUGAUAGCAUAAGCAAGCCUGGCAAACCACUCGUCCAGAUGAAUGCUGAGUAUGAGAAAUUAAUUGCUAAGUCUGCUUACUCCCCGAUUGAUGAUGUGGUCGUAAAGUGCCUCGUACCUGUUAACCUGAAGAUGGAAAAGGAGGAGAUAAAAGACGAGAACUCUGAGGCCCCAUUAAAUCUGUCUUUAAAACUCUCUCUCUCCAUCUCUGCCAUUGCAGAACCCAGAAAUGCAUCAAUCCCCAUUGCCUGUUCGUUUUGUGCAUAUAAAACCAUGUACCCAGAGGUUCUGAUAAUGCACAAAAAGCUGAUUCAUAAAGACAAGUUAGACAAUACAAAAAAGAAUGGAUUUGGAGGCGGUUCAAAGCAAAAACGUUACACAGGUUGCCCCCCUGCGCUUGAUGGGAACGAUGUCACCCCGCUUCCAAUGAUUGAUCGGCGCCACCCUCGUCGAACAAAGUCUCCACCCCCUCAACCCCCUCAAUCUUCAAAUCCACAAGAAAAGACCCCUAUUAACCCCCCCAAAGUUCCUAAGCGGUCCCCUAUACAUGCACCCCUACACGAUGUUGUCCAGGAGUCCCAGCGUCAUAGACAGAACAUUGAUACACAUCCCAGUCAGGAAUCUUCCAGAUACACUGAGCUCUUGAGGAAAUCGAACACCGGCAGCAAAUACGUCAUGGACCGACCAGGCCCCCCAGACAGAGUGGGAAUUGGUGAGAGGAGUUACCCAGCAAGAAGUGGCGUCAUUUGGCACUCAGAUGCUGCCAGGCUGUGCCUGUCGAGCCGCUUUGGGAGUCUCCCCCAGUUGGAUUUUGGUGAACCUUCCAGCAAGAGAUACAAAUAUGGGGUACCUAUAGGCAGGGAAGCUGACACCAGUGAGAAACCUGGCUACAGAGGAACAGGAGGGGAUGGGCCUAACAGGCUGCUUAUCUCAGGGAGAAGUGUGAAAACCACAUCACAGAGCUCUGGUCCAGCUACAGUUUCUGAGACCAUGGGUCCUUUGAAGACUACACCUACAACUAUUGGAGGUUUGGACAGUGAGUGGAGCAUGAUGAACCUUCUGCGCUCGUACACACCCAAUGACCUGGCAUCUCUCUAUCACAGCACAUCAACUAACCCUAGUCAUGCAGGACUGGCCAACCCAAGAACAGGGGGCAGAACUAUGCUGUACCAACACUUACCCACUCUGCCCAACCUGCAGAGGAGAGAUCCCUCAGGCCCUUUCCCUAAUCAACGCUAUGGGACCACUGACAAAAGUACCUAAAGUGGCACCAAGGUAAAAAGUAGAAAAAUAUUCUGAAGUAGAUAAAGUUUGUUCCUUCUUUUUUUUUCACCCUGACCAGAAUAUUUGAAUAGAUUUACCUGGUGCUUGAUGUAAAUAAAUCAAGGCAUAUUUGAAAAUAUAUAAAGGUUUUUUUUUCUUCUCUUUAGAUUUGAACUGUGCUGCUACCUUAUUUUGGAGAGCUUCUUGGAAAGUUUGUUUAAUGUAUGGAUUUAAGAGAGAUGGUUUGUAAUGAAAGUAUCUAGGCUCCCCUAAUUUCAUAUUUUUUUCAAUAGAGGAAAAUUGUGUUGCAUAAACAUUUUAGGGCUGAGGUCUUCAGUGUACAUUUGUUUUCUUUGUUUGAAUGGGAAAAAGUGCAGAUCACCUCUCUUUGAAGAUAUUAUUCCACUGGUGUGCACUGUAAUUUUCUUUUUUCACUCAAAAGUUUUGCUUAUCCAUAUUUGACCCACACUAAUUUUCAAAUAUCUGUAAGUGUCUAUGACAUAACAGUAAAAUUUGUAUGUGGGAUCACAUAAAUAUAUCUGAGUUCAUUACAUAGAAAUAUAUUAAGUAAAAACUUAAAGAAAUAUAAAUUGUGUGAACAAUUGCUGCUCUGUUCACUUACUGUUGAGUCCCAGGCGGUAAUUAAGCACUAUUCAAUUUUUUUCACUGAUGGGUGUUGGGAUUUUCUGUGGAAUAACUUGAUGGCCUCGGCCCAGUGGUUUACAAACAGGCCACAGUAACGAGUCCUGUGUAGAAGGGGUCUACCUCAUGUUGUGCUCUAGACACUGUUAAUUUUGUCAAGCUGCUGUAGCUAUCAUGUCAGCUUUGCCUCUGUACCUAUAGCUACUCGUCUAUCGACUAGAGACAGAUGUUUUGAGUUGGGGCAUAACUAGAUGGACAUGUGUUUGUCAGGCACCGCAUAAAAAAAACCCUCAUCUGGUGAGGGGGGAAAAACUACUGCUGAGGCUAUAUCGACCUAUGGCACAUGAUUAACUGUAACACAACACAAUAUGGGUUGUGGGUUUCUUUGAUACACUUGGUAUUUACAAGCCCAUAACACAACAGAUUUUGUUGUUUGUCCUUUUGAAAUGGCUAAUGGCUAUCAUCUGCUUUAGUGGUGCCUCAAAUCCAUGAGCUGUAAAAUGUACCAAACUGAAUGACUUGGUGUAUAUUAAAUGGUGGGGCUGUAUUAUUUAGACUGCACAUUUAGUCACUAUUCAGGAGUCUGCUUUUACUACACAGUCUUGAAAGUGUUAUUUUGUUUCAACUGGCACCAGUCAGUCCCGGCUGGUCAUCCAGCGGCCUUGUAGAUGUUGUAUGACUGUGUAGUUUGGGGGGAAAAAAUACAAAAUCAGCUAUGAUGAUUUAUGGCUCGAUUAAUUACACACUGUGAACAAGAAGUCUCAGGUUAACUCAUAUUUACAAGCUGUUUAGUCUGUUUAUAAUUUAGUAUUUUUGCCAUUUUGAAAGGUUUGGGUUAAGUUAUUUCUUUUUUGUUGUUUGGUAUUCACAUUACAUGUGGACUUAUGUAAAAAUGAAAAUAUUGUUUGAGAUUUGUAUGACACAUUUCAAUAAUAAAGUAAGAGGCGAAAAGCUC